AUGCAGGGCACUGGAGAUGCAGGGCGCUGGGGAUGCAGGGUGCUGGGGAUGCAGGGUGCUGGGGAUGCAGGGCACUGGAGAUGCAGGGCACUGGAGAUGCAGGGGGCUGGGGAUGCAGGGCGCUGGGGAUGCAGGGCACUGGAGAUGCAGGGCACUGGAGAUGCAGGGCACUGGAGAUGCAGGGCACUGGAGAUGCUGGGCGCUGGGGAUGCAGGGCGCUGGGGAUGCAGGGCGCUGGGGAUGCAGGGCACUGGCGAUGCAGGGCACUGGCGAUGCAGGGCACUGGAGAUGCAGGGCACUGGAGAUGCAGGGCACUGGAGAUGCAGGGCACUGGAGAUGCAGGGCACUGGAGAUGCUGGGUGCUGGGGAUGCAGGGCACUGGGGAUGCAGGGCACUGGAGAUGCAGGGUACAGGAGAUGCUGGAUGCUGGAGAUGCUGGGGAUGCAGGGCACUGGGGAUGCAGGGCACUGGAGAUGCAGGGUACUGGAGAUGCUGGGUGCUGGAGAUGCUGGGUGCUGGGGAUGCAGGGCACUGGGGAUGCAGGGCACUGGAGAUGCAGGGUACAGGAGAUGCUGGAUGCUGGAGAUGCUGGGGAUGCAGGGCGCUGGGGAUGCAGGGUACUGGAGAUGCUGGAUGCUGGAGAUGCUGGAUGCUGGAGAUGCUGGAGAUGCAGGGCGCUGGGGAUGCAGGGCACUGGGGAUGCAGGGCACUGGAGAUGCAGGGCACUGGAGAUGCAGGGGGCUGGGGAUACAGGGCACUGGGGAUACAGGGCUCUGGGGAUGCAGGGCACUGGGGAUGCAGGGCACUGGGGAUGCAGGGUACUGGGGAUGCAAAGCAUUGGGGAUGCAGGGUGUCUAA